AUGAGCAGGAAGCACCUGGCUGGAACAGUGCUACUGGAGAACCCCAUCACAUCCUUUGCAAUCCCUGUAUUAAAUGUGGAAGCCAUGUUCAACAGGACAGAAACUCCAAUUGAAUUCCUUGUCCUAGAUGAGAUUAAAGGCAUCAACAAUACAUCAAAGGAGACCUUCCAAACUUGCUGGGUCCCCACUAUGAAAAAGGAGGAAAAUGCAACAAAGGACUUGGUAAAGGCUAAGGAGAUUAUUCUCUAUGAGAACUGCAGUACAUUGGUGGCACAACACAUGCUCACCAGAUUACUUGUGGUGGAUGAACUGGUUGCCUGGGAUUGGUUGAACAGCCAGAAAACAAGGCAUUCUUCAGAUUGGAACAUAAAUACCAAGGGCAAGGGCCUGUUGUUUCCUCCUGACAACCUGCAAGAAUGGUUUGAUGAUGAGAUCAAUGGGCUCAAAGAGCAAAUAUUGAAACAAGAAGCACUUGUGGCUUUAAAGAAGCCAGACAAGUACACUGAGACUCAUUAG